GUGGACGAGUGUGAAGGACAGAACAGAACGUAAAGGAACAUCCAGGAUUCAUCAAGCUCUCAACCAAUACUGUAGGACAGAUCCCCACCCAAGCUGGCGCGCGUCCAUGUCCACCUGGAGGGAGCGUCGACGCAAGGAUGUUGGACGUUCUGUACGAGUGGUUCUGGUGGGACAGAAUAUGGCUGCCGGGGAACCUGACCUGGACGGACCUGGAGGACAAAGAGGGGCGGGUCUACGCCAAAGCCUCGCACCUUUACGUCGUGGUCCCCUACGCCUUCGCCUUCCUGUUCGUCAGACACAUCUUUGAGAGGUGGGUCGCCACGCCACUGGCGGCCCGUGCGGGCAUCGAGUCGAGGGUCAACCUCAAACCGGACGACAACGCCGUCCUCAAACUUUACUACGCCACUCGCAGCAGGAAUCCCGCUCAGGCCGACCUGGACGGGCUGUCCAAGAAAAGCUGUCUGUCCGUGAGACAAGUGGAGCGCUGGUUCAGGAGGCGCCGCGCUCAGGACCGACCCGGGGUUCUGAAGAAGUUUACCGAGGCCAGCUGGCGCUUCACCUUCUACCUGGCCUCGUCCGUGGGGGGACUGCUCGCUCUUUACGACAAAGAAUGGUUCUCUGACACCAGACACGUGUGGACAGCUUUCCCCAAGCAGUCCCUGCUGGACUCUCAGUACUGGUACUACAUCCUGGAGAUGAGCUUCUACGUCUCCCUGCUCUUCAGCGUCUUCUCCGAUGUCAAGAGGAAGGACUUCAAGGAGCAGAUGGUCCACCACGCCGCCACCCUGGUGCUCCUGUCCUUCUCCUGGUGCGUCAACUACAUCCGCGUGGGAACGCUGGUCCUGUUGGUCCACGACGCCUCCGACGUCUUGUUGGAGUCGGCCAAACUGCUGAAUUACGCCAAAAUGGAGAAAAGCUGCCAACUCGUUUUUGUACUUUUUGCUCUCGUCUUCAUCAUCACACGCCUAGUCAUCUUCCCCUUCUGGCUGAUUCACUGCACGUGGGUGUACCCCCUCCACCAUUACACCGCCUUCUUCGGCUACUACUUCUUCAACGCCAUGCUCCUCCUCCUCCUCGGCCUGCACGUCUUCUGGGCCCUCCUCAUCCUCGCCAUGGUCAGGAAGUUCAUCUUCGGCACCCUGACCAGGGACGAGAGGAGCGACCACGAGGAUGAUGAGGAGGAAGAGAGCUGCCUGACUGACGAUGACGUUGUUGCAAAAAACAACAAUGGCUGCCUGGACUGUUUGGCCUCUGACAACGUCUCCCACUACAAGACGGUGCACUGAGGCGCCCCCUAGUGGUGAUGCCACACAACGACAAGACUCCUUGAAGGCACUCUCACGACAUUGUGGGAAACGUAGGCGGCUCGGCAUUGCUCCUGCUUGGCAGGACACCGAAACAUUUAAUAUUAGCCUUUUUUAAUGAGAAGUGAGCUAAAUUAUUAUCAGCUUUAUGACGUUCAUCUUCAUCCUUUCUUUCUUUCACUUUAAGUGGUCCUAAACAUUCAAGACGUCUUCACUAGUCCAGCACUUCUUCUUCCGUCUUCACCAUGUCUACUUUCUCUGCUACUUCCUGUCCCCGCCAAAACCGCGUCCUUAGUAGAGUGACCAAAAAACCACAAUCAAGUUGUAAUAAACCAUCAUGUUAUCAUAACAACCAAACUGCAAUUUUUAAAAGUACUUUUAAUGCAUCCUCACUUGAAGACUCAAACAUAAAGAUGAUAUUUUCCCCUAAUUAUUGCCUGCUUAGCAACGCACCAAAAGUAUGGAGGUUAAUUUGUGUCUUUAUUACAAAAGCUUUUUUUUGGACACUGAAUAUAUGUAACUUUAUUAAAGUAUGCUGACAUUCACCUAAUAAAAAAGUGUGCAAAAAUUGUGUCAGGUUCAAACACUGAUGACAUCUAUUAAACAAGACAAGAAGCAAGGAAUUAAACAGAGACAGAAUAAAAUUUGGCUCAAUUGAGGAGAAACGCGCAGACACUGUACAGUGUCGUCCCACGCUCUGACGAAAGAUUGUACACCUCUUUUAUUUGGACUUUCCCUGAUUACAUGGCAACAGCUGUUUCUAAAGGGACGGGGGUCGUAAACAGCCGCCGCCUUUGAUGACAAAACAGUUCAAAGAAAAUGUCGGUUCAAAGAAAAGGUCGUAAACAGCCGUUGCCUUCGGUCCAAAAACAGUUCAAAGAAAAGGUGCCUGGAGGGGAGUCAGGUCCUGCUUCUUCUCCGCUUUGUAGAUCUCGGGUCAAGACAAAAUCUUCCUGUGGAUUACAAUACAUCAAAGAAACCCACGCCUUCAUGUCGCUUCCCAUCGUACACAGUGGAGUUUUUCAAGCCUUUUGAUUGGUAGGAUCAAAGACAGCUUUUGUCCUCUCGCCAGGAACUCAUGGCAACACAAAGUUUUGUGAUAACUUGUAUACAAUUAUUCUGACAAAUUGUGUUUAAGUUGAAAAGUUAAAGUACCAAUGAUUGUUGCAAACACACUGGGUGUGGUGAAAUUAUCCCUUGUUCCGCCGACGGGGAGGUUAAGGGGAGCAGUGAGCAGCAGCGGCCGGGAAUCAUUUUGGUGAUUUAACCCCCAAUUCCAACCCUUGAUGCAGAGUGCCAAGCAGGGAGGUAAUGGGUCCCAUUUUUAUAGUCUUUGGUGUGACACGGCCGGGGUUUGAACUCACAACCUACCGAUCUCAGGGUGGACAUUCUAACCAGUAGACCAGUUAAAAUAUCAGUUUGUAAAAUACAGUGUUUUAAAAAAAGUGUGCAAAAAAACAACAACAAAAAUCAGUGCGAAAAGUGCAGUUGCUUAAAAAUUCAAGACCCACUUCCGGUAAAUUAAAACUGAAGCAAGCCAUCUGGUGUCAAAACCAGCCAAUGAGGUGUUAGGUUAGAGGUCACAUGGUUUUAAUAUUUUUUUUACAUUGUAUUUUGACAAACUGAAUUGUAAACACACAAAUAUUGCUCAUAUUUUUUUUCCAAUGAAGUUGUCAGCAUAAUUUUAAUUAGUUCACAAAAUUCAAAUGCAAAAUUAAUUCAUUAAUUAUUCGUAAUAGAGACACAAAUUAACCUCUAUAAAAAGCUAAUAUUUUUGUCUUUAAUUAGUAGACAUGGAUUACCGUAAAAAUCGAGCAUGUAAAUAGUAAUCAAAAAUUGUAUUUAUGUAAUAAUAGUUUAAAUGUGCUGGAUAAUAAUAUGAUAACUAGAAAAUUCCCGCGGAAAUUUUGAUGGGCCUGCUAUCUGUGCCCUGGACCUUUGGCCUGGGGUCGCCGGAAGCCGCCGUACUUAUUAGAUGGUGCCGCGUGUCUAAAUGCGUGAGUUUUAAGUGUAACUGUACAAAAUUAGCCACAGCGCCAGCCUAAAACAGUAGCAUGUUUACAUAAAAUGCUAACACUUAGCAUGUGUGCUAACGAUAGCGUGAUAACAGUCAGCAUGUUUCAUAUUCCAAGAUAUACGACUCAAAAGUGUAUGGCUGCGGAAAUAGAAAAAAAAGUGUAAACAUAGAUUUAAAAAAGUUAACAAGCCUACGUUAGCUUGCUAGCAUGCUAACAGUUAACAAGUGUCACAUAGCAAGUUAUAUGACUCUGGGCCAGGGGUCACCAACGCGGUGCCCGCGGGCACCAGGUAGCCCGUAAGGACCAGAUGAGUAGCCCGCUGGCCUGUUCUAAAAAUAGCUCAAAUAGCAGCACUUACCAGAGAGCUGCCUCUAUUUUUUAAAUUUGAUUUAUUUACUAGCAAGCUGGUCUCGCUUUGCCCGACAUUUUUAAUUCUAAGAGAGACAAAACUCAAAUAGAAUUUGAAAAUCCAAGAAAAUAUUUUAAAGACUUCACUUGUUUGAAUAAAUUCAUUAAUUUUUUUACUUUGCUUCUUAUAACUUUCAGAAAGACAAUUUUUGAGAAAAAAUACAACCUUCAAAAUGAUUUUAGGAUUUUUAAA